AACGCUGAAAUUUGUAAAAAUAAUACUUUUUCUAUGGAUUUAGAAUAAUUCAACGUAUUGUACUUAUUAAUUUUAAUUAUGUUUUGGAGCGGAAAUUACAUUGCAGUCAGAGAAUUAAAUUUUCUUCUCAAGGAAGAGAAUGUGUCUCUGACGCAAGUUCUGGAGGCCGACGACAUCCUACAGGAGUGCAAGGCCGACAACAAAGCCUUAAUACAGUUCUUGACAAAACCAGAAAUUCUAGCUGAACUGAUAACAUUGAUCACAGAGGAGCCUUCCAAGAAUGUGGAGCUUGCGUCUCAGUACCGGCAUGCUAGCAUUGCGUGUGAGGUGCUCACCAGCCAAUUGUCUAUGCUGAGCGAUCGGUUAUCAUUGGACACUGUGCAGAUGAACAGACUCUGUGAUUUCAUUAACAGAGAGCCCCCACUCAAUCCGCUCCUCGCUUCAUAUUUCAGUAAAACUGUUGAAAUGCUGCUGGAACGGAGUCCAAAGCAGGAUUGGUACCUAUACCACAUUGUGUGCCUGCGCGUGCUGGAUUUCUUCAAAUCGCGGCGUGACUUCCUACCCAACUUGCUACGCCACCUCGCCACCUCUGCCAUUGCUGACACUUUCAAAUAUUUCAUCCGCCUCGAUGACCUCUUCAAUAAGAUUGUUAUGGAGUGGCUGGAAGAGCACCAGUUCCUGGAGUCGCUGAUUCAAAUAAUCUGCGGCACGUACGCGGCCGAGCCGGCCGAGCCGCCCGCGCGGCCGUCCUCUCCCGCGCCCCCGGCCUCCCCCUCGCGGCCCGAGAAGGGCGAGCGCGGCGAGAAGCUCAACUGCAACCACACGCACGACGGCGUCGCGGCACCGCAGGGCGACAAGGGCGUGGCGGGCGAGAGCGCGGCCAACAACAACGAGGCGGACAACGGCGGCAGCACGGAGGCCGCGGAGGCAGCGGAGGCCGCUGAGGCAGCGGAGGCCGCAGAGGCUGCGGAGGCUGCGGAGACGUGGCGCGCGCAGCGGCGCCGGCGCAUGGACGCCGUGGCCUCUGCCAACGCCGCGGGGCUGCUCUGCGACCUAGUGCUCAAUGGCUGCGCCGGCGACGCCUGCACCACGCGCGCGCGCACGGGCUGGGCGCUGGUGGAGCGGCUGGCGGGCGAGGAGACGGUGCGGCGCCUGCUGCAGGGCAUGUUCACGGCGCCGCCGGCGGCGCGGGCGGCCGCCAUCGUCAACGGCUGCCACGUGCUGCUGGCGCUGCUGCACCACAACCCCGUCCCGGAGUGCCGCGGCGGCGCCGGCGGGGCGGCGGCCGGGGCCGACGGCGCUGACGGCCGCAGCAGCGUGGAGCUGGCCGUGGCGCCGCACCUGCCGCUGCUGCACCAGGCGCUGCUGCAGGCGCCGGCGGCGGCGCCUCCGCGGCCGCGGCGCACGCCGGGCGCGCUGCUGGACCUGUUCCUGCGGCACCCCAGCAACAACUUCCUGCACGCGCAGGUGUACGCCUUCGUGCGCAACGCGCUGGACAACCGCGUCUACCGCGCGCAGUACGCGCAGCACCUGGUGUGCGAGUGCGACGUGCUGGCGCGGCUGGUGGGCGCCUUCGAGGAGAACGAGGCCAAGCGGCCGCGCGACGGGCACGCGGGCCACGUGGCGCUGUGCCUGGCGCGGCUGGCGCGCGCGCUGCUGCCGCCCGACGACGCGCCGCUGCCCGAGGCCGCGCGGCCGCAGCUCGACCGCUUCGCGCUCUUCGUGGACUGCAAGCUGCGGCCCGUGCUGCACCGCCGGGACACCCCCCUCGGUGGCUACUACCCGUCGGAGAACGUUUACGAGGUGAGCGUUGUGGACGGCGCGGCCGAUGCGACGGCCGCCUCCUACGACCUGGCGGGGUUGCCCGACGCGGAGGCGGAGCCGGAGGCCGAGGCCGGCGAGGGGGGCCACGCCGACUUCGGCGCCUUCGAAGACGACCACGACAAGAUGAUGAUCGCCAAAAGUAGUUUCCUAGAGUUGUCCACUCAGCGAUUCGACGACGACAUGUGGGCGGACGGGCCGGAGGCGGACGCGGAGGGCGAAGCGGACGGGGACGGGGAAGGGGAGCUCGGCGAAGCGCCGCUGUCGCGCCUCCACGAGGUCCUGGCCGAAGUCUCGCUGCAGAAGUUCAUAAACGGGAUUGUUUCGAUAUCGAGAACGAUCGAUCCGACAUCGAGGACGAACCGGGUGAAUGUGGUUGCAGCGUGGGAGUCGGGCGGCGCGGACGCGCCGUGCGGCGGCGAGGGCUGGGCGCAGUUCGGCGCCGACGCCUUCCCGCCGCCCGUGGACCCGUUCGCGCGCAGCGACGACGGCGCCGAGGCCCCCGCGGCCCCCGCGGCCCCCGCGCCCGCCAUGGCCCCGCCCUUCUGGCCCCCCGCCGAGCGAGAGGCGGACGCCCCGCCGUCGCCGCCGCCCUCGCCCGGCGCCCCGGCCGACGCGGCCGCGGAGGCCAGCGGCGAGCGGCUGGACGUCGCGGAGGGCGUGCGCUCCCUUCGGCUGCAGCAGUUCGGCAGCGAGCGGGAGCGCUCGGCGGCGGCCGAGCUGGCCAGCAACCUGCUGAGCGCCAUGAGCGGCAUGGCGCCCGACCUCAUCGCCAACAUCGUCAACGCCAACAUCUCGCCGCUGCACCUGCCGCAGCCGCCCGCGCCGCCCGCGCCGCCCGCGCCGCCCUCGCCGCCCCCGCCGCCCCCCGAAGCCCCCGGCGACGGGACCCGCGCCGGCGACGAGUCGACCGACAGUUGAUCGAUCCUCAUGUAGUAGGCAGAGGCUGACCUCAGUGGACGGCGGGCGCAUAAUGCUUGCUCGUUUCAACGAGAAUGUGCCUUCCGGGCGUUAGGAGGCGCGGCAUACCCCCUCUCCCCAUCUCCUCUUCUCCUCACCCCCUGCCGCUCUACUACGUCCGAGACAUAAUAAUUGCUCGUAAUGUAUUCUAUUGUAUUUAUAUAAUAGUUAAAGUUUUAUUAAAAAAAGUUGCUCAAUAUUCUGAUGUUUCAUUGAAACACUUCGCGUUUCCAAACUACGCAAAGAGGUCAAGUUUUACGGAAGCUGACAAUUGCAUAACUUACCUCUACAUCAUUAGAAUGUAUUUGAAAGUUUUGUUGUUCAUCACUGCGCUACUGCAAUUAAAAGUUAAUUAUGUUGACGUUU